ACUGUUAAAGAGCCAUUCUCUUUCGUGCAGGUGGCUUUAAUAUUUUUGUUUUCCCAAAGGAGAAAAUAAGCACUACUUUCAAAAAUGGACUUUUCACUCCACUCUGCCUCUUUCACCUUGAAGGUGACCUUAUUGUUGGGAACCUUUCUCAGCCUCUGUCUUGGCCUUGAGUUUAUGGGCCUUCCAAAUCAGUGGGCUCGUUACCUCCGCUGGGAUGCAAGCACAAGAAGUGACCUAAGCUUCCAAUUGAAGACGAACAUCUCAGCUGGGCUCCUUCUCUACUUUGAUGAUGGUGGUGUCUGCGACUUUCUCUGUUUAUCCCUGAUGGAUGGACGCAUUCAGCUGCGGUUCAGUGUAGACUGUGCUGAAGCUACAGUUGUUACAGAAAAGCAGGUCAAUGACAGCAAUUUACAUUUUUUGAUGGUUAGUCGCAACCAUCUCCGGACAGUUCUGGUUCUUGAUGGUGAAGCCAAACCUGGUGAGGUGCGUCCACAGCGUCAAUAUAUGAAUAUUGUUAGUGACCUCUUUUUGGGAGGUGUCCCAUCAGAUAUCCGUCCUGCAGCCUUAACCCUUGAGAGUGUCCUGGGUGAGCCAUCAUUUAAAGGAUUUAUCAUGGACCUGAAAUACGGCAAUUCAGAACCUCAGCUUCUGGGACACCAAGGAGUCCGCCUGGACAUGGAAGGGUUGUGUACAGAGAAUCCUUGUGAAAAUGGUGGAACUUGCUUUCUUCUGGAUGGUGAACCACAGUGUGAUUGCUCAGCCACUGGAUACAUUGGGAAACUCUGUUCUGAAGCAAGAGAUGAGAAUGUAGCCACUUUCCGUGGCUCUGAAUACCUGUGCUAUGACCUCUCCCAGAACCCGAUUCAAAGCAGCAGUGACGAAAUCACACUGUCCUUCAAGACUUGGCAGCGCAACGGCCUUAUCCUGCACACGGGCAAGUCGGCUGAUUAUGUCAACCUGGCUCUGAAAGAUGGCGCCGUCUCACUGAUCAUUAACUUAGGAUCUGGAGCCUUUGAAGCCAUUGUGGAGCCAGUCAGUGGCAAAUUUAAUGACAACCAAUGGCACAACGUAAAAGUGACUCGCAACUUGCGGCAGCACUCAGGCAUUGGACACGCUAUGGUAAACAAACUACAUUGUCUGGUGACAAUCUCAGUGGAUGGAAUCCUUACCACUACUGGCUACACACAAGAGGAUUAUACUAUGCUUGGCUCAGAUGACUUCUUCUAUGUCGGUGGAAGUCCCAGUACAGCUGAUUUACCUGGAUCUCCUAUCAGCAAUAACUUCAUGGGUUGUCUGAAGGAGGUUGUUUAUAAGAAUAAUGAUAUUCGUCUGGAGUUAUCUCGUUUGGCAAGGAUUGGCGACACAAAAAUGAAAAUCUACGGGGAGGUGAAAUUUACAUGUGAGAAUGUAGCCACAUUGGAUCCAAUCAAUUUUGAAAAUCCCGAGGCCUACAUUAGCCUGCCUAAGUGGAACACCAAGCGAAUGGGGUCUAUCUCUUUUGACUUCCGCACUACAGAGCCCAAUGGCCUUAUUCUUUUCACUCAUGGUAAACCCCAGGAGAGGAAGGAUUCCAGAAGCCAGAAGAAUACCAAAGUGGAUUUCUUUGCAGUAGAACUCCUGGAUGGAAAUCUCUACCUUCUUCUUGAUAUGGGCUCUGGAACUGUUAAAGUAAAGGCAACUCAGAGGAAAGCCAAUGAUGGAGAAUGGUAUCAUGUUGAUAUACAGAGAGAUGGUAGAUCAGGUACCAUUUCAGUGAACAGCAGACGGACACCAUUCACUGCAAGUGGAGAGAGUGAGAUCUUGGAUCUGGAAGGAGACAUGUACUUGGGAGGACUGCCUGAAAAUCGGGCUGGCCUUGUCCUUCCUACUGAGCUGUGGACAGCUAUGUUGAACUAUGGUUAUGUGGGCUGUAUCCGAGACCUCUUCAUUGAUGGGCGGAGCAAGAACAUCCGGCAGCUGGCAGAGCAGCAGAAUGCAGCUGGUGUCAAAUCUUCCUGCAUUAGGGUCAACACCAAACAAUGUGAUAGUUAUCCCUGUAAGAACAAUGCUGUCUGCAAGGAUGGCUGGAAUCGCUUCAUUUGCGACUGCACAGGCACUGGCUACUGGGGAAGAACAUGUGAACGGGAGGCCUCCGUCCUGAGUUAUGAUGGCAGCAUGUAUAUGAAAAUUGUUAUGCCUAUGGUCAUGCAUACAGAGGCUGAGGAUGUGUCCUUCCGCUUCAUGUCCCAGCGUGCAUAUGGUCUGCUGAUGGCCACAACAUCACGUGAUUCAGCUGAUACACUACGGCUUGAACUAGAUGGAGGCCGGGUGAAACUCAUGGUCAAUCUAGGUAAAGGACCAGAAACCCUUUAUGCUGGGCAAAAACUCAAUGAUAAUGAGUGGCACACAGUCCGAGUGGUACGCCGAGGAAAGAGUCUCAAACUUACAGUUGAUGAUGAUGUUGCCGAAGGUACAAUGGUUGGUGACCACACUCGCUUGGAGUUCCACAACAUUGAGACUGGGAUAAUGACAGAGAAGCGUUACAUCUCUGUCAUUCCUUCCAGCUUCAUUGGCCACCUUCAGAGCCUCAUGUUCAAUGGCCUUCUCUACAUUGACUUAUGCAAGAAUGGAGACAUUGAUUAUUGUGAAUUGAAAGCCCGCUUUGGGCUUCGUAACAUCAUUGCUGAUCCCGUUACCUUCAAGACCAAGAGCAGCUACCUGAGCCUAGCAACUUUACAGGCCUAUACCUCCAUGCAUCUCUUCUUCCAGUUCAAGACAACGUCUGCUGACGGUUUCAUCCUUUUCAACAGUGGGGAUGGAAAUGAUUUCAUUGCAGUUGAGCUGGUCAAGGGGUAUAUACAUUAUGUGUUCGAUCUCGGAAAUGGACCUAAUGUUAUCAAGGGCAAUAGUGAUCGCCCAUUGAAUGACAACCAGUGGCACAAUGUAGUUAUCACCAGAGACAACAGCAACACCCAUAGCCUAAAAGUGGAUACCAGGGUUGUUACUCAGGUCAUCAAUGGUGCCAAAAACCUUGACCUUAAGGGUGACCUGUACAUUGCUGGACUGGUUCAAGGAAUGUAUAGCAAUCUCCCAAAGCUGGUAGCAUCCAGAGAUGGAUUUCAGGGAUGUCUAGCAUCAGUAGACUUGAAUGGGCGCCUACCAGAUCUCAUUAAUGAUGCGCUGCACCGUAGUGGGCAGAUUGAGCGGGGAUGUGAAGGACCAAGCACCACCUGCCAAGAAGAUUCCUGCGCCAACCAAGGCAUCUGUAUUCAGCAGUGGGAAGGCUUCACUUGCGAUUGUUCCAUGACAUCAUAUUCUGGAAAUCAGUGCAAUGACCCUGGGGCCACAUAUAUCUUUGGGAAAAGUGGAGGCCUCAUCCUGUAUACUUGGCCAGCAAAUGACAGACCCAGUACAAGGACAGACCGCCUAGCUGUUGGGUUCAGCACAACAGUAAAAGAUGGCAUCUUGGUACGGAUUGACAGCGCCCCUGGCCUUACUGAUUUUUUGCAACUUCAUAUAGAACAAGGCAAAAUUGGUGUAGUCUUCAAUAUUGGCACAGUAGAUAUCUCUAUCAAAGAAGAGAGCACUCCUGUGAAUGAUGGCAAAUACCAUGUUGUGCGUUUUACCCGAAACGGUGGUAAUGCAACACUUCAGGUAGAUGGAUGGCCAGUUAAUGAACAUUACCCUUCAGGAAACACUGAUACUGCGUUCCAAUUGGUAAAACAGAAAAGCCCCUUCAAAUAUAACCGACCCGUAGAGGAAUGGCUACAGGAAAAAGGACGACAGUUAACGAUCUUCAACACCCAGGCUCAAAUAGCCAUUGGAGGAAAAGAUAGAGGGCGUCUCUUCCAAGGUCAGCUUUCCGGUCUCUAUUACAAUGGCUUGAAAGUAUUGAACAUGGCAGCAGAAAACAACCCCAACAUCAAAAUCAAUGGAAGUGUUCGGCUGGUUGGUGAAGUGCCAUCUAUUCUGGGGACAGCUCCCACAACUUCUAUGCCACCAGAGAUGUCCACCACCGUCAUGGAAACUACCACUACUAUGGCCACUACUACAACGCGAAAAAAUCGCUCCACACCUACCAUUCAGGUAAUCUCGCAGACAACAGAUGACCUCGUUUCUUCAGCAGAAUGUUCUAAUGAUGAUGAAGAUUUCAUUGAAUGCGAGCAGAGUGUAGGUAAGCCAGCAAACCCCACGGAGCCAGGAAUCAGACGGGUUCCGGGGGCCUCAGAGGUGGUCCGUGAGUCGAGCAGCACAACGGGAAUGGUCGUCGGCAUUGUAGCUGCUGCUGCCCUCUGCAUCCUGAUCCUCCUGUAUGCCAUGUACAAGUACAGGAACAGGGACGAAGGGUCCUAUCAGGUGGAUGAGACGCGUAACUACAUCAGCAACUCAGCCCAGAGCAAUGGCACGCUCAUGAAGGAGAAGCAGCAGAGUUCAAAGAGCGGCCACAAGAAACAGAAAAACAAGGACAAAGAAUAUUAUGUGUAAAAACAAAACAAAAAUAUUUAUAUAUAAAUAUAUAAAUAUUGAAUGAGCUAUAACUGAACCAAAACUGUUGCAGCCAACGAGAUUGGGAGAAACCGUCUGCGGUUUGAGACCAAUGUUGAGCAUAAACAUUUCAGUCGUUGACUGCUAAGUUUUCAGAUCACUGCUUGGAGUCCCCAAACUCUGCCCUCCUGUAUUAUAAAGCACAUAUAGUGUUCAAAAGAAGGCCUCCCCAGCAUAUCCAUGUUGGCAGACUUAAAAGCCUUCCGAGUUCCUCCUCAGCUGAACUGUUCUGCAAGGGCAGAAGACUUCACGGCUUACUUGUUUCGUAUCUCCAAGUGAGUCUUUAAUGAUGUUCACAAUCUUUGACUGUACUCUA